GCUACUCUGCCCAUGACGUUCCACGUCCCUGUUGCAGCGCUGUGUGCGGCGUCUGCAUCCGCGUCAGCGCCCUGUGCGGCGUCGGCGUCAGCGUCAGCACCGUGUACGGCGUCGGCAUCCGCGUCAGCGCCGUGUGCGACGUCGGCGUCCGCGUCUGCGCCGUGUGCGGUGUCGGCGUCAGCAUCAGUGACCGUAGCGGUGUCGGCGUUAGCGUCAGUGUCCGUAGCGGCGUCGGCGUCAGCGCCAUGUGCGGCGUCGGCGUCAGCGUCUGUGUCCGUAGUGGCGUCGGCGUCAGCGUCAGCGCCGUGUGCGGCGUCGGCGUCAGCGUCAGCCUCGUGUGCGGCGUCGGCGUCAGCGUCAGUGUCCAUAGCGGCGUCGGCGUCAUCGUCAGCGCCGUGUGCGGCGUCAGCGUCAGUGUCCAUAGCAGCGUCGGCGUCAGCGCCGUGUGCGGCGUCGGCGUCAGCGUCAGUGUCCGUAGCGGUGUCGGCGUCAGCGUCAGCGCCGUGUGCGGCGUCGGCGUCAGUGUCUGUGUCCGUAGCAGCGUCGGGUCAGCGUCAGUGUCCUAGCGGCGUAGGCGUCAGCGUCUGUGUCCGUAGUGGCGUCGGCGUCAGCGUCAGCGUCAGCGUCAGCGCCAUGUGCGGCGUCGGCGUCAGCGUCUGUGUCCGUAGCGAAGUCCGCGUCAGCGUCAGCGCCAUGUGCGCCGUCAGCGUCAGCGUCCAUAGCGGCGUCGGCGUCAGCGUCAGCGCCGUGUGCGGCGUCGGCGUCAGCGUCCGUGUCCGUAGUGGCGUCGGCGUCAGCGUCCCUACGUCGGGGUUGCGUGGGACGUUUUGGGCGGGGAGCUCCGUCCAUCGGCCGGCGGUCACGAGAAAGGAUGGAGAGGCGGCGCUGACGACCCUUCUGAGAGGUGAGCGGUGUCAGCGUUUAUCGAGGAAGUGCAGUCUGUAGCGUUGAGCGGCUGGCAAGGAAGCAGUUUGUAUGCCCGGCGGUGCUGAUGCGAUGGACGGUGGCGACGAAUGAGGUGGCAGUGGCACCAGUGACAGCGGCAGAGAGAGACCUGGUGGUGGCAGCUUGAGUUGGCAGUGGCGUCAGCAUCAGGUAGGCAUUUCAAAUUAACAGCUUGGUAGGAAAAGUAGUUAUAAUAGUCAUAUAUGCUAAAUGAAGGGAAAGGAAGAUAGGCGGCCAGCGAGGAAGCAGUAUGUAGGUGCAGCAGUGGAAGUGUGUGCAUUUCAGGCCCCCCACUCCCCCAAAACCCCUCAGCUGCCAGCGCUUAGGGAGCAAUGGGAGCCCUCCUGUAUUUGUGCAGACUCUUUCUCUGCCUCUCAGACAAACAAAAUCAACCACUCCAACCGGAGUCUGGUGGUCGGCGAGGUAGCAGUAUGUAGGGACGGCAGUGCUGACAGAUUCGGCAAGUUUCUGAAUUUGAUAUAAUUCAAGUUUGUAAUGUUUUGUUGCCUAUCCUUUAGAGUCUUUUCCGAGAAAUUCUUGCCCAUAUCAUUGUCUUGAAAUAUUUUUUCUGUACUUUCUUGUAAUAAUUUUAGAGGUCCAGGUAUUUCAUGCAGGUCAUUAAUGCACUUUGUGCUGAUAUUUUAUAUAUAAUGAGAAGUAGGGAUCCAGUUCCUUCCACAUUUUUAUUCCAUCACCACUUAUUGAAAAGACUACCCUUGUAGAAAUGUAGGCUCUGAACAUGUUAGUGAAAAUUCAGUUGGCUGUAUGUAUGUGGGUUGGUUUCUAGGUGCCCUGUUCUGUUCCAUUGAUUUGUGUGUUUUGUUUGCUUUAGCCUGUCCCGUGUUGUUUUAAUUACCAUGGCUUUUCAGUAUACUUUCAAAUCAGGUGUUAUGAUGGUCACAGUUUGAAUUUUUUUUUGUUUGUUUAUUUGUUUUUUUUUGUUGUUUUUUUUUGUUUUUUUUUGUUUUUUUUGGCUGGGGAUAGCUGUGGCUAUGAUAGGUCCUUUAUGGUUCCAUAUGAAUUUAGAUUUUUUUUCUGAUUCUGUAAAUAAUUGCGUCAGUAUUUUGGUAGGAAUUAUAUUCUGUAGAUUGCUUUUAUAUGCACAUUUUGAUGAUGAUAUUCUAAUCCCUGAAAAAAGUUUUUUUUCAUUUUCUGUUUCCUUAAUGGCUUCUGAUUAGUGUUUUGGAAUUUAUUUUACUGUAGAGAUCAUUCACUUUCGGUUAUCUGUUACUAAAUGUUUAAAUUUUUGUAGCUUUCUGAAAGGUAUUUCUUUCUUGAUAUCUCUUUCACCAAUAUCAUUACUGGUGAAUAAAAACGCUUUUUAUACCUUGACUUUAUAUCCUGAGAUCGUACUGAAUUGGUUUCUCAUUUCUACCUUACUUUUGAUGAUUAUUUAGAUUGUUUAUGACAGGUUUGAUAAAGGCCGAUUACAAAAAUUAAAUGCACAUGUAUAGGUGUUAGCUAGAAAGGCUUUGUUAUUUCGGUGCUGACGAGACGGUGGCUGCAGGUUGUGGCAGGAGUGAAACUCAAUUUCAAGUUGCAGCCCUAGUGUCUGGCAGAGCCCUCACUACUCACAGAGGGUCUGGGAAGCAGAACUCAGCACACACACACAGUGGGCUGCACCCUGGGAGAGUGGCUGGACACUCCUGUCUUCCUGCUGAGACAGAAUGUAGCCUGGUGGUUUAUUUUUUUAUUUGUUUAUUUAUUGUCAUUUCCAAUGAAAACUCCCACCUUGAUGGUAUUAAAACGAAUAAUUACUAGCGCAUUCUAGAAUAAUUUUUAAAUUGAUGAGUAUAGGCAAGUGUAUUUGAAAUAUUUUUGUCUUAUGUGAUUCACAGUGUGGAGGAUUUUUCCUGUUGUCACAGAGUUUAAAGUUUCUUUAAAUCUUUUUAUGUGACUAAUGUGGGGAGAACAUUUUAAGAUUAUCAAGAGUUUUUUUUUUUUUUUGGUUGCUGUUGUUGUCGUUUCCUAUUUAUUUCUCUUGACAUGAAUUGUUAGUAACGAGACAGAUAUUAGCCAAUGUAAAAUGAUUGUUUUGGGCCUGUACUCUUGUAUUAUGAAUUCAGGACUUGACUUCAGGUAGGCUUUAAAAAUGAAGAGAUUGGAGAGGAAAGCUAGUCAUAAUUGUUACAAUAUGCUAAAGGAAGAGAAAGGAAGAUAUGCAUCUUGUGACAUAUGUAGUUUUUGUUUAUGUGCCAUCAUGUUUAAAGUUAAUAUGUCUCUAUGUCUGUUAUUUAUUUAAUGUACCUCAUUUCUUAGUUCUAAUACUGAGAUUUUGCAUUUCUUUUAGCAUAUAGGUAAGUGGUGAUGCAGAGAACAAAUUAAUGUGCAUCGCUUUUCUUUGUAUUUUCUUUUAAUUUUAAUUAGUGUUUCUCAGACUCAGUGUGCUUUGUUGACACAGUUGUAAGAACUUAAUGAUAUUCCCUUCCUCACUCCCCCUUUCUCCCUUCUGCCGUGUUUCCUUCUCCCUUUUCUUUGUCUUUGGUUUAAGAUUUUGAGAGAGCCAAGUUUCAAAUUACAUUGCAGUAAAAAGGCUUAAUACUUUACCACAUAAAGGUGAAAACAAAAAUGCCACCAGUUUAGUGAGAAUAUAGACAAUGACUGUAAGCAGCAACUGAAUAAAACAUGAUCAUUUCACUCUUAUGCGGUAAAUUGUAAAGUGAUUACAUAUCAUUGAAACUAUGGUAGUAUAAGAGUGUUAACCAUUGGUUUCACAAAGGUAUAAAAUAAAGUUUAAGAAAACUAUUUGCAGCAAUACUGAUGCACAAUAACAAUUCUUUUUACCCCUAAAAUGAUAUGAGGGGCAACAAGUGGUGUUUUCUUUUUGGGUGCAGCUUAUUUCACCCAAAACGAUGUGCUACAGUUAUGCUCAUUUUGCUGCAAAUAUAAGAAUUUCAUUGCUUUUGUGGCUGGGUAACAUUCCAUUGUGUAUGUAUACCACAUUGUCUUUACCCACUCAUCUAAUGAUGGACACCUUGCUGGGUUCCAGAUUUUGGCUAUUUUGAACAGGGCUGCUAAAAACAUGAUGCAGGUAUCUCUUGGAUAUCUCUUGUUCAAGUAUUUUGGUAUAUACAUAGUAUACCCCUCAGCUGCCAGCACUUAGGGAGCGAUGGGAGCCCUCCUGUGUCUGUCCAGGCUCUUUCUCUGCCUCUCAGACAAACAAAAUCAACCACAAAAACAUACAAACACAAGCAGCGAGGGGAGGAAAGUGGGGUGGGUGAGGGGAGCAGUCUUUGCUCUAGACUGGGAAACCCUGGACACUGAAGGUAUGGUCCCCUACAGAAUUCCCAUAAAAAUACCUCUAUGGAUCUCCUCACUUCCCCCAAAUCAGCUGGGUUCCAGUGCAUCUCCCUGGGACUUUAGCAGAGGCAACAACAAAGGGCAGUUUUUGUGGCUUCAGAGACUCAGGCAGAGUGCAAGUUUAGGAGGAGUGACCCUUGCACGUUUUCCAAGAGAAAUGAAAACACACUUUUACUGAUCUAAACCCUCCAUGUGGUUCAGCCAUGUCGUGUUUUUGUUGUUGUUGUCUUAAGAUUUUAUUUGAAAGGUAGAGCUACAGAGAAGGGGUCUUCCAUCUCCUGGUUCACUCCUGAGAUGGCCACAGUUGUUGGAGCUGGGUCGAUCUGAAGCCAGGAACUAAGAGCUUCUUCAGGGCCUCCCAUGUGGGUGCAGGGGUCCAAGCACUUGGGCCAUUUUCUGCUGCUCCUCCAGGCAACUAGCAGAGAGCUGGAUCAGAACAGGAGCAUCCAGAGUAUAGAACUGGCACUUGUAUGGGAUGCCAGCUCUGUAGGCAGGGCCAUAGCUCACUAUUUCAUAUCACUAACCUCUUGUUUAUUUACUUUUAUAUUUUGCGUUGGUUUUCCCUAAGUGAGUAAUCCAGAGGUUUUUUUAACUUUUAUUAAAUAAAUAUAAAUUUCCAAAGUACAGUUUAUGGAUUACAAUGGCUUUUUCCCCCCCACUACUUCCCUCCUACCUACAACCCUCCCAUGGCCUGCACCCUCUCCCCUUCCAUUCACAUCAAGAUUCAUUUUCAAUUCUCUUUAAAUACAGGAGAUCAAUUUAGUAUAAAUUAAGUAAAGAUUUCAACAGUUUGCACCCACACAGAAACACAAAGUGUAAAAUACUGUUUGAGUACUAGUUAUAGCAUUAAUUCACAUUGAACAACAUGUUAAGGACAGAGCUCCUACAUGAGGAGUAAGUGCACAGUGCCUCCUGUUGUUGACUUAACAAAUUGACCCUCUUGUUUAUGGCGUCAGUAAUCCCCCUAGGCUCUUGUCCUGAGUUGCCAAGGCUAUGGAAGCCUUUUGAGUUUGCCGACUCCAGUCUUCUUUAGACAAGGUCAUAGUCAAAAUGGAAGUUCUCACCUCCCUUCAGAGAAAGGUACCUUCUUCUUUGAUGAACCGUUCUUUCCACUGGGAUCUCACUCAUAGAGAUCUUUCAUUUAGGUUCUCUCUCUUUUUUUUUGCCAGAGUGUCUUGGCUUUCCAUGCCUAAAAUACUCUCAUGGGCUCUUCAGCCAGAUAAUCCAGAGUUUAUUUUGUAGACAUUGUGUAACAUUGUGUAACUUGAAUUAUUAGUUAUUUUUAAAAUUAUUUUGUUACUUUAUGUUGUGUAUGUUAUGUUAUUUAUUUUACUUGAGAGGGAGAGAGAGAGAGCACUCCCAUUCCUGACUGACUCCCCAAGCUUGUGAGUGAGGAUCUCCGGAUCUCACUUCAGGUCACCCACAUGGAUUUAGAGGAUUCCAGUACUUAAGUGAUCAGCUGCCCUUCCAGGGCACACAAUAGCAGGACUCUGGAAUGGGGAGAAAAACUGGUACUUGAACCCAGGCAUUACAGUAUAUUGGUGUCAUAGCCACGGUGCCAGAAAUCUGCUCCAUAGUAAUUUUUAAAAGAUUAUUGUUUUGAUGCAUGUGUGAUAAUUUUAGAAACAGAGGGAAGAACUUUUUGAAGCUGGUAUUUUGUAACAGGAGGAGAAGUUUGCAAUUGCUGAUAGACACAGAAGUCAGCAAUUGGACAGUAGAGAUUUCUGCAGAAACAUUUAGUAGUGAAGAAUGGUUUGAUGCAGAUGAAAAAAUAU